AAACUGACACUAACUAUGGAGUUUUCUGUUAAGGUAUUAGUGUGUAUAAAGCACUGGGGAGCAACAGGCAUUCUCAUCGAAUGGGAGGACACAUUCCCAUACAUUGCCGAGCUGGUAGAUAUUGGCAGUCAGCAGAGCCCCAAUGGCAGCGGAGGAGAUGGACUUUACUCCUUGCAGGAAGUUCAGCACGUCUUCAACUUUGCUAAGGAUAUCGGGCUUGAAGUUAUCCAACUUAUCCAAACUAUCGGCCACAUGGAGUUCGUGUUGAAGCACCCCGCGUUCAGUAACUUGCGAGAAACGCCGCGCUCCUCGGCUGUGCUAUGCCCCUUGCGGCAGCACUCGCAGGGCCUCGUCCGGACCAUGCUCACGCAGGUUUUGGAUGCACAGCCUGAUGCAAGGUUUAUACAUAUUGGAGCUGAUGAGGUGUGGCACCUCGGUGUCUGCGAUCAAUGCAAGAGUCGCGCAAGUAGCAGCCGCUACGGCGUCACCACUCUAUACCUGGAGCACGUGAGCAAUCUCGUCACCUUCAUCAAGCUGAAGCGGCCGGGCAUCGUCGUCAUGAUGUGGGACGACAUGAUCCGAAAUGUCGGCAUGGAUGCUCUUAGAGAGUACAAGCUGCACCAGCUGGUGGAGCCGGUGGUGUGGCAUUACAACCCCAAGGAGUGCUUCAGCGUGGAUCCCACGCUGUGGCUGGUCUACGGGCAGAUGUUCCCUAGGGUGUGGGCCGGCUCCGCCUUCAAGGGCGCCAACGGCAGCAGCGCUCUGUACCCGCAGACGCUGCGCUACGCGACCAACCACGAGGCGUGGCGCAACGAGCUGCGCAAGUUCGGCAGCCUCGUGCACUUCGGCGGCCUCGUGCUCACCGGCUGGUCCAGGUACGACCACUACGCCACUCUGUGCGAGCUGAUGACCCUUUCCCUGCCGACCCUUAAGAGUUGCCUUCAGGUCUUCAUGAAGACUGACCACCAGUCUACCGAGUCGCUGCUGACGGACUCGCUGCCGCCGUCCGAGUGGCCGGGCGAGGACGUGGCUCGCGCCUUCCUCAAAUUCCUUGCCGCCAAGGACAGGGCCUUCAGCUUCAUUCACGGUGACCAGGUGAUAUCGUGGUUCAGUCCGUGGCACCAGAGCAAUAACUAUAUUUGUCCAGAUCAACUAGAAAACAUCGCUAGCAACGCGCAACACCUGCUGGCGGAGCUGGCGGCCGUGGACGGCGAGCUGGAGAGCCACCUGCUGCAGGUGACGGGGCGGCGCAGCGCCGGCGAGCUGCUGGAGACGCACCUGCGGCCGCUGCGGCGCCAGCUGGCGGCGCUGCGCGACCAGGCCGCCGGCCGCGGCGCCGCGGGGCCCGGCCUCUUCGCCGCGCAGUAGCCGACCACUAACCAAGGCAAGGAGCGUUCGUUCUUUCCGCCACAUUUCCAGUAGCGUGUAACGCAGGGCCUAAACUAGAACACCGCGUUUUAGGUUGCGUCGAAACCGUUUAUUUGCGAAUUGGACACAGAAAAGUAUUACCCACAUCCUCUCCAAUUCUUGCAACUUUGUCGACUAAUAUUGCGGAUAGAAUUACAGGAACUGUAGAGGUGUGAGUUAUAUUUUUCUGUAUCUAAUGAUGCUAUGAACACUUUUGAUGUAACUCCACUUGUGCCAUUCUUCCAUGAAGGGUGCGAUUUGCGUCCACGCGUUGGUGUUUUCUACUAAAAUAUUAUUGCAUAAACAGGUUUAACGACCGGCAAUGCUACAAUUUUUUUUAUGUUAAAGCUUUUAACAUUAUUUAAGUGAAAUUUUCUUUAUUUUUCACAACUUUCGCAAAAAAGGGAGGACAUUGUCAAUUCAGCUAUAUUUUUUUAUAUGUUACGGCAUUUGUGAA